AUGUCACUGACCAUACAGCAAAUAAUUUUGGAUGCUAAACGACUUGCGGGACGUCUCAAAGAGCGCGAGACUGAAGCUGAUGCUUUGCUAACCGAAACUCAAACUGCUUACCGACAAAUACAUACGAUGAAACAGUAUAAAGAAGAAGUCGAUACUUUGAAUGAGGCUUCUCGUGAGAGACCACGCGGGGCUCUCAUUGGCAGUAUUGAGCGGGAGUCACGUCUGAUGAGAGAUGUACAACGUGAGAAUGGUGAGCUGAGGGCAGCCCUGGAAGAUCACAGACGAGCAUUGGAACUCAUCAUGUCCAAGUACCGACAGCACACUGAGAAAAGAGUAUGGGAGUCGAGGAUAGACUUUACAAAUGCUAUCAAUGAAAAACAGCAGGAGUUGAUCCGGCAACAAGCUGAAAGAAUUAACGAGAUGACAAGUAUUAUGUACAAAGCUGUCACUUUGGAUGAAAAUAGUGAUGCGAGGAAAGAAGAGGAACUCUACCAAAGGCUCAUUACAGAAAAUAAGGGUUUGAGAGAAAUGCUGGAUCUGUCAAGGAGAUACGGGUCAGACCGCCCGUGUGUCCCGCUCACGGAGGACAAGGACGUGCAGACAGAUGGGCCGCCACUGUCUGGCGCGUGA